AUGGAAAAAAAAGAAAAAGAAAGAGUAAAAGAAGGGAAAAGAGAAGAAAAAAAAGAAAAAGAGAAGAAAAAGAUAGAAUCAGAGCACAUGAACUUGAAUUGGCAAGACUACAACAAAAAGCAUAUGAAAAUCAAAACCAGUGAUGAUAAACUAGAACUUUUUACAGCAUUUGUGGAUAAACAAAGAUUCAAAGUUUUAAGAGAUUCAGAAACAAAUACUCUACUAGUUUAUCAAAAUUAUGUAGAACCACACUUGUAUAUUGGAAAAACAGGCUCAGUCAAAGAUUUCAAAAGUAAUAUCCGUACACAUCUAGUAACAAUUAUUUACAUUGAUAUACCUUAUUUCUCAGAGAUGAAGAUGAAAAAGAAGAUGACAAUUAAACAAAUGAAGUGA